AUGUCCGACGUCGCCUCGGAGCGUAUGGGCAAGAAGAAUGUUGUAUUCACAAAGGAUGGAGUCAAGGUUGGCGUCAAGCAGGUCAAGACCGAGAAUUAUGUCGACGCGACACAGAGCUGGUUCGUCAAGGCGUGGAAUCUAGGCACAGCCCAAGAUGGUAGCCAAGCUUUGCGCGGGCAUUGCAUGUCAGAAAUACAGUAUCUGAAUGCUUUGCAACUGAAGCGAAGGAGAGAUCAUGUGCACUCAUGA